UUUUUUUUUUUGAAUGGCCUUUUUUUGUGUUGUUGCUCGAAAGUGUUGCACAAAGCAAAAAAAAAUUUCAAGAACUAAUUGAAAGUUGAUCAAUUACAACAAGAAUAACAACCGACUGGAUUAAAACAAAUUAACUGGAAAUGUUCGUUUGAAUCAAAAGAAAACAUCAUCAACGUCAUCAUCAUCUUCAUCAACAUUUAUUUUCUUCAUAUUUUUGGCAGCUAAGCAGGACGCAGCAUUGAAACUGAAACUGAAACUGAAACCGAGUCGGAACUGCAACGACAACUUCAAGCAACUGUCAUUGUCUUCUGGCUUGGCAGUGGGCAACAUUUUAAUUGAAAAACUUUUGCCAGUUCCCCAAUCCCCAUCCAACUGACUGAAAUAUGACUGUCAAAUUGGCGAAACUCUUUGGCAGCAGCAGCAGCAACAGCAACGGCGGCGGGAGCAACAAUAAAUCUAACAACAGCAACAGUGCGGCAACUAAUGCAAGUGGCAGUGUUGCAGCAACAGCUAAUGGGCAACAACAGCCGCCGCCAUUGCCGCCACCGAAUGCCAAUAUGAAGCUCAUCAAGUACUACGAUCCCCAUCAUCAUCAUCAUCAGCAUCACAAUCAUCAUCAUCAUCAUCAGCCGGCGGCAAUGACCAUCUACGGUCAUGCGUAUGAGUGCAACGUGGAUUUGGAGGAUGACUACGAUGACAACAACAUGUGCAUGCAACGCAAUCAUCCGUACAACAAUUCGCAGCGUCCGCUGCUUGGCGAGCGUCGUCCGCAGCUCACCUUGAUGACCGCAGUGGGCAAAAAGAAGACAGCAGCAGCAGCCACACCAACAACAACAGCUCCCAUGGCUGGGAUACCAUUGCCAGCGCCACCAUUGCCACCACAGCGACAGCUGAGCAACAACAGUGCUUGCAUCUCGCCCUAUGUGCAACAGCAGAAGCGCGAUAGCGUCAAGGGAUUGCAUGGCUUCAAUGACUUUGAUGUGCUCUCACAGCAAUACAAUCAGCAUUUGCAGAGCAGCCCGCACAUUGGUUAUCCAUACGGUAGUCCGCCGUCGCCCACCGUGCAGUCGAGUGACUUUUGUUUCGACACCGACAGGCAGCAACGCGAACGUGAACGCGAGCAAUCCUUUAAGGCCAUUUCGAGCAGUAGCAGCAGCAGCAAUAGCAGCAGCAGCAACAACUCGACAGCCACCACAAAAUCGAAUUGUAGCUCCAAUUCGGCGCCACGUUAUGGCAACGUCAGUGGGUAUCAGGAUACGGCAGCAACUACACCAUAUUAUCUAGAGCAGUCACAGCGACACAACAGCAACAGCAACACAGUAACAGCAACAGCAACCACACAGUCGUCACGUUUCGAGGAUGAUUUCUGCACGCGUCGCAAUGUGGACUUUGUGGCAAGUCAAGCAGCAGCAGCAGCAGGAGCAGCAACUGAAGGUGGACCCUUCAUCUUUGGCAUCUCACAUGAGCAACAGCAAACGGAUUAUGGCCAUCGUCGUUGCAGCAUCAGCAGUCAACACAGCAACAACAUAAUUACCAACUCGAACAACAUCAAUUGCAAAACCAACAACAACAAUCUCAAUCGGCCUGUGAUAAAUGCCACGCCCACGCUCAAGGAGCACAAUGCACUGCAACAAUCGCUGAGUGAUACAAGCGCGGACAGCGGCAAAGGUGGAAAGUUUUUAUUGCGAAAACGCAAAUCGAAGAAGACAGCAGCAGCAGCAGCCAUUGUGGCGAAUGCUGAGCACAAAGGAAAACAAGGAAGACAACAGCAGCAACAACAACAGCCUUCGAUAAAAUGCGUUCUGGUUGGCGAUGGCGCCGUUGGCAAAACCAAUUUGAUCUUGUCAUAUCUGGAGAAUCGAUUCAAUCCGGAGCAUGUGCCGACGGCAUCAGAUAUUUAUAACGUCGAUGUCAAUGUGAAUGAGAGUCCCGUGCAUCUGCAACUCUGUGAUACCGCCGGCCAGGACACAUUGGAUCCGUUGCGUGAACUCUGCUAUCCGGACAGCGAUGUCUUUCUGCUCUGCUUCUCGGUGGUGAAACCCGAAACAUUUGGCGCCAUCAAAUCAAAAUGGGCUCCCAAAUUUGCCAAAACAAAGGCGGCACUCAUUCUAGUUGGCACCCAGUCCGAUUUGCGAAGCAAUUUAAAUGUGCUCAACAAAUUGCAGACGAAUGGCGAGAAACCAAUUUCAUAUGCAGACGCCUGGGAUCUGGCAACAACAAUUGGUGCCAAAUACAUUGAGACUUCGUCAGCCACACAGGACAAAGUCAAAGACGUGUUCGAUGCCGCUAUCUGGGAGGGUUUGGUGCCCACCACUUUGCCUCCGACACCUUCGUUCUGGAAAAAGUUAUUCUGCCUGGCCUGAAAAGCAACUCGAAGAAACUUAAACUAUUAACAUAUUCUAUUAUUUUUUUUUUUAUGUGUCUUAAUAUUAUUGAUAUUGAUAUUUAUGUGUUUAUACAAAUUAAUUACUUAUUUUGUUUAGCAGUGCUUUUCAACAAUAUUUACACAUGCACUCACUGACUGAUCUAUUAAUAUAAUAAAUACUUAUGGCAAAAUCAUAGCGAGAAACAUGCAACCAAUUAAGCAUAAAAAUAUCUAAAAAUAUAUAAAUGUUAAAAUUAUGUAAAUUUAAGUAACUUAGAGUAGAGUAUUUUACAUUUAUAUAAACGACUGUUCAAUUGUCGCGUUUAUUGUUCUGAAUUGUAGAUCAAUGGCAAUUUACAUUAUCAUAUUAUUAUUCUCUAUUUUUUUUUUGCGUCUCUUAAUAUUUUAAGAGCUCUUAUUCGAAGCGAAUGUAAGCACACGCCCGCAUACAAAACAAACAAAACUGAUGUUACGUCAUUCCAUCCAUUUAAGCAUUAAGUUUUUUUUUAUCUUUAAAAUAUUAUACAUUGUACGUCGACAACAAAACAAACAAAUUUAUAUAUAAAUAUAUAGACUAUAUACAUAUGUAUAUAGAAU